AUCAGCAGAUCUUAUUUUCCUAGCAAAGUGGCUAUAUUUCUGCAGAAUUUUAAAAAUGCUUAUCUAUAAUUGCAAUGUUUUUGGGGAGCUUUUAGGAAGAGAAAAGAAUAUACCGAAUUUACGCUUUAUAAAGUUGCAAGUGGUGGGCAGAUUCCGAAAAUGGAGUUGAAGUGACAAAAACUAAGAGUAAAGAGAAAUAUACCCAAGUUUAAUUAUUAAAGUCUCGAAACGAAACGUACUAUCAGUGAUGAAUAAUUAAUUAAUAUAACAUACUUAUUUUAAAUAACGUAAUGCGACCAAACCGCUCGACUGAAGAAUUGAAUCCAUGUUUCGUUGUUUUAAUACGAUCUGAUACAAAAAUUGAUUGAUUCUAACGAUCCGAUCUGUAAAGAGAACAGCAUUGGCCAAAUCCAACAUCACUAAUUUCCAGUCUAUAAAAUUUACGGUUUCGGUAAUCUGUUUGAAGUUUCCUUUCAGUCAGUUUUUGACCGAUACUUUACGUAGACGUAAACUCGAUUGAAGAAUUGAAUCCAUGUUUCGUUAUCUAUUUCUCAUCAUUAUUUUUAUACGAUCUGAUAAAAAAAUUGAUUGAUUCUAACGAUCCACGAUCCGAUCUGUAAAGAGAACAGCAUUGGCCAAACCCAACAUCACUAAUUUCCAGUCUGUAAAAUUUCCGGUUUCGGUAAUCUGUUUGAAGUUUCCUUUCAGUCAGUUUUUGACCGACACUUGGUGUGGACGUGCGCGGCUCAAUUAUAUGUUUUCUUUUUCCCUAAUUUAAUUAUUUGAUUUCUGACCAUGCCGAAAAAAUUAAAAGUCGUUGUGAAAUCUCUAUAUUCUCAUGAAAUACGCAAAGAUGUUAGUUUGGAAAACUUAAAAUCGUUAAAACUUGAAGAUGCGUGGCCGUUCAUCAGGGAGGAAAUUGAAACGGAGAUCGGUAGCAGUCAGCUCGUCUGUAUACCUCAUAUUACAGAGGCCGAUCUUUACAAAGUUACUUCUCUAUUUGUCCCUAAUGACAAGCCAACAAAUGGUAAAAUGUUCUCACCUCUUGGAGAGCUUAAAAUGAACAUAAACAUGGCCAAGUCAGACCCGCAUUAUGUCAGCUGGUUAAAUGAGAGUGAUUUCCAAGAUACUUCUUUCAAAUUCCCUCAUGAGAGUGUGAAGAUAACUUUACAAGAUGAGUCAAUUAAGAAUAAAGUUAGAGUUAUUAUGGUGAGCUUCAAUAGAACAAUUAUUCCAAACAAUAAGGAUCUUGUCAACAACAUUUAUUUGGAUGUUGACAAACAUAAAGAAUUACAAGGCAAAAAAUCUGUGUAUAUGAUCACAAAAGUGCUCAUGGCCAAAACCAUUGAGUUCAGAGUGACUCAAGGUACAUCUUCCAGAAUAUUUCACCUUGGAAAUGCAUCACCAUUGGUCUUUGGCUUAGAGGAGUUCAUGAUUGGUGAGGAUGGAAAACUAAUUAGUAAACAACCAGUUACAAUUAAAUCCAAAUUUCUUAACUGGCAGAAACUACAUCCAUCAGACCAGUUGUAUAUUGCCGAGAAAGUCACAGAAAGUGAAGAAUAAAAAUAGUAAAAGAGACUAGAAUUAAUAGCCUGUGAAGGCUUGCAUUUCAAAAUACUUUAGGUAUUUCGCUUUUAAAGCAAUGUUUUAAAGUAGGUGGUAGUUCUCUUGCUAAAGCAAUGAGGUAGAAUAAUUAUUCAUUAUUUAUAAUUUGUACUUAGUACGUAGUCAUACGUACCCUUAUUCAUAUACUUUUAUUAUUCAUAUGUGUAGGUAGUUUGCGUGUUACUUAAAUUUCAUGUUGAAACUUUAAAUGUACAAUACUUUUCAUGUUUAAUUGCCUAUGUGAUGUCACUUUGUUUAUCAAAUAUUUCCUCAUAUCAUUUGUCAUCACAAUUCAUAAGAAAUUGAACUGAAACAUUAAUCUAGUAAAUAGGAACUUGUGUUAUUAACUGCUCAGCACUAAUGUUACAUUUAUAGAAAAGUAAUAAAAUAUUAUGUGUAUCUGAUAAAUGAGCCUUACACACUAACACUAUGAAAUAUGCAACAACAAUAUCAAGAGGUUGACUAUUAUAAUUAAAUUUGUUGUAUCUCAUUUAUUAAUGUAAUCUAGGGAUUAUUCAAGUGAGUAAAUAUAAGUGAAAGCUAAUAUUUAUUGGUAAAAGUGAAAAAAAAUUAAUUAAUUAUUAAUUAGUUUUUACACAUUCCUUAAUGCUGGCAAUAUUUGUGAUUAUUUAUACUUCUGUGAUUAUUUCUAACCACUAAUCAGUUAUAUUUUGUGAUACUUAAGUACUUAACAUUUUUGUGUAAUAUGUUUUUUGUUGAUAUAUA